AUGUACUUUUUCAAACUGUACAACUCGUUAGAAAGAGACAACACUAGAUCGAACGACAUUAUUCUCGAAAAAUACAAGCAUAAACCCCAAUUGAAAACUCAGCAACAUAUCUCAAUUCAAAAUCUCCUUAACUUUUUCACAAACUACAGAGACAGAACCAAAAACAAAUGCAUUCGAUUAUUCGGCAGUAUCUAUGGCACUAAAAAGCAAAUACAAGAUUGUCUAGAAAAGAAAAGAAGGUCUAAGGCACGUGUAAAUUUUCUUGAAUUAAAACCGAUUAAUGUGAAUCCUAUUACACAAUAUCACAACUUUUUGGAUAUAGAAGCGAACGCUGAUUUUACGAGAGCAAUUAAAAAUUCCAUUAACGAUCCCUUAAGUUACAAAGUUGAUAUACCAAUUAUGAAUACAGGAGAUUUGAGAUCAAACAAAAUUAAUAACAUCUACAUACUGUCUAACUUCAGACGAUCAAAUCCCAGUGCUGCCAAUGAAAAAAUAGAAAGACGUAACUUAAAUAUUGAUAGUUUAGAAGACAAUAGUGAAUUUGAAGAACUAGAACUUAGAAAUGCACAUAAUAAACCAAAGAGGUUUCAAGUUAUACCGAAUAAUAAAGCAAAAAAGAAAAUAUCAAUAACUAAGAUCUCAGAUUCUGAUGAAAGCGAAGUUUUUACAGAUUCAGAAGAAAUUGAAAUUGAAAAGAAACCUAAAGCUAAACGUAAUAAGUCCAAAAAUAGAUUACACCUAGCUACAUCAGAAGCAUCAACUGAAGAUUCUUUUGAAAUCGACCGACGUCCAAUUGAAAAGAAAAGAAAGAUUAAAAUAUCUAAACUCAAAGUAAAGGAUUUCUUUGAUAGCGACUUAUCUAGUGAAUCAGAUCAACCUUUAAUUAGAGAAACAAUGAAAACUAAAAAGAAAAAGAUUAAAAACAAAGAAGAUAAAGAGUAUUACCUUCAAGCAGGUAGAAUUAUAGAUCCUUAUUCAGAUGAUGAAUUCAGAAGGAGACUACCUGUUUUCUUGCCUAAACGCUAUCAUUGGCAAGAAGAGGAUAUACAUAAUUUAGGAUAUUAUUGGUUCAAUGGACCCCAAGGCAGAUAUCCUCACUAUGCUUUGAGACCUUAA